CGGGUACGCGCAGGUAGGGGGGAGAAGCAUGGCGGAAGACGAGGAGUUGGAGGGAGCGAGUCUGAGGAAGGAACUGGAAUACAUCGAGAGCGAGCUGCGGACGGCCCUGGGUCUCACCUCCGCGUCCAACGAGUACUGCCUGAAGUUCUGUCGAGUAACUGAAUGGCAUGCUGGAAAAUGGCAGGUGCCUUUGCCACUACUUCAAGUGCUUAAAAAUGCUAUUUGCUGUUUUACCAAAGCAAGACCACUUCUCGCUGCAGAAUGUGAACAUGUUCAAUAUGUCUUGAGCCGGCUGGCUUUGAGCUGCUUUGAAGUAUUUCUAUAUUGUAGAGAGGAGGAAUCGUCAAAAGAGUUUUGGAAAGAAUUUUUAAAAACUAUUCAGGAAUGUUAUGUUGUUUUACAUGAGGACUUAAAUACAGAACUUGAUGUACUUAUCAGGAUGAGUAAAAAUGGAGGACCAUGGCAAAAUCCAGUUCUGAUGUCCAUCCUUAACCAAGAGUUAGUUACUCAGGAAUUAGUAGAUGAAUAUUUGAAAUCAGAAUCUCCAGUGUUCUUUGAAUACAGAGUGAAAUACUUGAUGAAGUACAAGCAUAUCAGCGAAGCAAUGACACUGACCAAAUACUGUGUGAAUCACCCGCAAACUGGCAAAAAUAAGUACUUUCUCCACUUAUUCUUAACAUGGUUAUGCCGCACAUCGCCAGAAGAAGUCAUGUUGCAAGAGAUUGCUAGAAUUAACUGCCAAGAAGCCCUGGAUGUUAUUUGCAGAUUCGAUUCAGAAGGGCAGGUGGAAUUGGCUUGGAUUUUGUGUGUGGCAUUCCUUACUCGGCAGCUAAAAAAUGGAGACAUGUAUUGUACUAGGGAGUUGAUAUUAGUGUGGAGUAAGCUGCAGCUGAAACUUGAUGCAUCCAAGCAACACUUUUUAGAGAAGUGUCAUCACCUUUUAUUAACAUCCAGAAAUGUGAACCAUAUCUUCCUCUUUAUCAGGGUUAUUCAGAACGAGGUUGGAACUGAAGGCUUGCAAUUCUGCGUUGAACUCUGUGCGCGUGCUCUAAGGAUGGAUUACAAAGAUGAACCAAAUACAAAAACUUUAGUGUGCAAAACGCUGUCAUACCUGCUGCCAAAUGAUUUGGAUUUCUGUAGAGCAUGCACUAUUACAGUUUUUUUCUCAGAAUGUACCUUAGAAACUUUUCACGCUGUUGAAAAUCUCUACAGUCAGCCAGAUCAGCCAUACACUGAAGACACCAGUGCAGUUCCCAGUUUCCUUCGUUGUGAGCUGCUGCUUGUUUUAAAGAACACCUGGCCUUUUGAUCCAGAAUUUUGGGACUGGCGAAUUUUGAAAAAAAACUGUCUUGCUCUAAUGCGUGGCAAAGUGGCCUUAAUCACAACUCGUGGAAAAGAUGCAUUUGUGAAGUUUGGAGACAACACAUUGGCUAAGAGUAAAACGAAUAUCAAGACCACGAAGAAACCUAACGUGUUGCAACUCCGCACAGGCACAUCCCGGGCAGAUAGCCACAGUGCAGUGAUGCAUCAUUGUGUGUUGUGUAAAAAGGAGUUCCUUGGUGGACAUAUUAUGCGACAUGCACAUGUUCAUCAGCAAAAAGGUGCCUUCUCUUGUCUGAUUUGUGCAAGGAAGUUCAGAUUGAAGGGACAAAUGCUGAAGCAUUUAAAGACUCACCUGAGGAAGAUUCAAAAACAUGAACUUGCUGCACAGAAAAAUACUGAAUCUUCCACUGUAGCCAGGGACGUACAGGAAACCUGUCCCCUCACAAAUGGGAUCCUUGAUGCAAACGUAUCGACUGCUUCAGAAUCUGAAACUGCAGGCGAACAGAGUUACUAUAAAACGUUUACAGAAAAUGAAGAUUUUAAAGUUGAUCUUCCAAAUGAGCCAUGCAGUUCAGCUGGUCUGGAUGGAGCACUGAAUGAACAUUUCAAAACUCAGGAAGAUCCCAAAAAAGAUGUAGUUCCUGCUACAGCCGCUGAUAAUGUUAUAGGCGCUCAGCUGGUAAAAGAAGAAUUUGGGGCUGUUGUUCCAACCAAAAAGAAAAGAAAGAGCUGUUUUCUUGAUAAACAAAAUUCAAUAGGUCACAGAAAUAAUGGAGCUCUAUGCAAACAAGAACAGACAGGCGAUGACGCUGCGUCAAAAGAACAAGCAGAAAAUGACACAAGAAGUGAUGGUUUAUUUAAUUGUCCAGCGGAUGGCUGUUCAAAGGUAUUUACUAAGAUCCAUUUUCUGAUUAAGCAUGCACGGAAAUUUCAUUCCUCUGAGGAAAAUGUACAAGAUUACCUGAUGGAGUGGUAUAAAGGGAAGUGCCGUUAUUGCCAAAGAAAAUUUAUUCACUCACAGCAUUUAAUUGACCACCUAAAAAGGCAUGUCUACCCUAAAUUAUUCUUCUGUUUACAUUGUGGCUGUAGUCAGAGGUUUAAGCGUGCUUCGGAACUUCUAAGCCACACUGAGAGUCAUGAAGCUUUUCAAGCACAGUGCAGCUUUGAUGACUGUGACCAGUUGUUUGACAGAGUUGAGAUGCUUUAUGAACAUGAGGCACAACAUUACUCAAGUACAAACCCUAUCCACUCCAGAGAUUGUAACAAAGGAAAAAGUCAAACAAGCAAAAUGCUAAACCAUCAAGCAAGGACGAAUGAAGAGAAAAGACUAGAAAAUGUACAGAAUGCUGUGGAAUUUCCAGUCCCAUCGUGGAAAUCACGAAAAGAGUUAUCAGAACCAAAGACCUACCUUCACAGUAUGGUUGGCAAGCAAAGUGGAAAUCAAAAUGGAUUGGGCACUCUUAAUGAUACUUCACAUGCUUCCAUCGAAUCAGAUGAAAAUAAUUUGACUAUUGAAUCGGGAAAUAUAAAUUGUGUUAAUAAUGAACAAAUUGUAAAUGGGCAUAAAAAACUGAAAGGGCCUUUGAUUAAUUCGAAUGCAGACACAUUUUCCUCGGGUGAUAUGUCAAAUGAUGGCAUUGGUGAUGCAGAUAAGACCAGUCUUUCAACUGAUGAUUCAAGAUCAGAGCCUGCGCCAGCUGUGCUGAAUGACAGUGUUUCAAACGAAGCUUUAAAGAAAGAAGAUGCAGCAGUGUCACAGGAUAGUGACAGCCUGUCACAGCAAAGUAAGACUCUUUCAGGUUUGCAGUCGUCCUCUAAUCAAGAACAGAAUAGCAGCAGCAGCAAGAGUAAUAGCACUGGCAAGGGAGAACCUGAAAGCUGUGGCAAGCAGCGAAAUUACUAUCGGCCUCAACCACCAAGCUACCUAGCUGAAAGAUAUAUCACUAUGCCAAAACGAAGGAAGUUAGCCACCGAUACAAACCAGUCUCCCGCUUCACAAGAGAAUUCAGUUAAUGUAAAAAAUGACCGACACAUAUGUCGGAAAUGCUUCGGGAUUUUCAACAACAUCGAAGCAUUGGAAGAACACAACUCUCAGAAAAAUUGUAGACCGCUCUUUGUUACGGAGUCGGAUAGCGAUGAGGGUGACUAGGACCUUGCGAGAAAAUGGCCAUUUCGACAUAGAAGAUAACAGUCAAACAAGGGAAUCACUUUACAGAGUUCAUCUCCACUUAAUCCAAGUUCCAUGCAAGGACAGAAAGGGUCAAAGAAGACAAAAUAGUAAACUAUCUUUGAGACGAACACCAAAAUUAAAAAGCGUUAGCACUUAUUCAGGAAGUGCUCUUGCACUGAAGUGUCUUGAAGUAUGGAGAAAUAUCUGACACCUUGUAGAAAUGGACAUGAAGUGCAAACCUUUGUUUUGCCACCUCAGAUUGGAAAAUCUUACGUUUAUUUUUGUGUUGAGCCAACAAUUUAACAGCAUAAUCGAGAAGCACCUGAAGAUUUGCAUGGGCCAAAUUUAGCUGGGGCUGUGGAUCUUGCCAUGUUAACUAAACUUUUAGUGCACAUUUUGGCUCAAAUAUAAAUGCUUGUAUGUAAUUUGGGCUGAUAUCAAGUUACCUAAGAUAAUGACUGAAUCAACUCAUCUCAAUUAUCUCAAUCGUGGAUGGUUGAGGAACGGGGAAGAAAGAGAAGGAAAGGUGACUAAUAUUUUAUCAAGAGAUAAAAUAUAGAAAGGGAAAAAAAGUAAAAGUAUUUUCUUUAGCCUUUUUUAAAAAAGAAUAUUACUUCAUGGGAAUGAGAAUUGAUGGUUUAAAGUUUUCUCCUUCUGGGAUAGUGAGAUUCAUUGGCACCACAUUAUUCAUGGCAUUAAAAGACUCUGCUCCUAACUAUGAGCUCAAACAUAUUGCAGUAAGCUUUGGGGCUUUUAAUACACAAAUCCAACAAAUUAUUGAUAAUGGGAGGAUGAAAUGCCUUUUGUGGCGACAAACAGUGGAGCAAUGUAGAUUGACCAGCAGGUUCUGGACAUUCAGUGUACAAUGUAUCCCUUCCGCAUCUAAUUCUGCUGGCCAUUUUGUGAAAUAAGCUACACUGCAUCAUGAACAAUAUCUAUUCAGGUAGAUUAGGCCCAACUUAGAUACCUUUUGAGCACAAUUGCAGCACCCCCAAGUUGAUUAAAUAUAGCUGAAAACCUUAAAGAUGCUUAUAACAGCUGAAGAUGAUUGCUCAGAAGCAAAAUUACAUAUGUGGCUAGUUGUAUUCCAGAAUAACAAUGCUGAAGAAAUAAGAGAUGAACACAAGGUUCAAAUUUGACUAGUUUAACACACAUUUAUUUUUCCUGAUGCAAUAUCUUCUGUUGUAAUGCAGUGAAGACAUAAAAUGAAUGUAUGUAUUACUGUUGUUAAGCCUAUCCCAUCAGUUAUAAAACACUGGACAUUGACUCCUUGCUUGUCUACAUUAGAUUUUAAAGUUAGUUUAAUAAGUUGUUAAGUACGAUAUUCACAUCAAUAUGACAUGCAGAAUGCAUAGCUUCUGAAGAAAUGUAGUAUGAGAAUUUUUAUUUACCAAAUGUGUUAAACAUUAUCCAAAUCCACUAAAAUAUCCCUUGAGCUUGUCAAUUCUGUACGUUUUGUUCAUCUUCACAAACUUCCAAAGUGGAAUUAGUUAUUUGCAAAUCAAAUAGAUUAAGGGAUUGAAUUAUAAACAUUCUCAUGAUUAUAUUAGACAAUAGACAAUAGGCAUAGGUCUAUUCGGCCCUUCGAGCCAGCACCGCCAUUCAAUGUGAUCAUGGCUGAUCAUCCCUAAUCAGUGCCCCGUUCCUGCCUUCUCCCCACAUCCCCUGACUGCUAUCUUUAAGAGCCCUAUCUAGCAUUCUCCUGAAAGUAUCCAGAGAACCGACCCUCAGAUUUUAUUCCUAAAUCUGAAAAUGGAAAAGAUAACAACAAUCACCUAUUGAAAUUUAAAACUUAUUUUGAUGAUUGGAAUGAGCAGUGACAAUAUAUCAUGUAACAACCGUGAAAAUGACCUAGGACUGAAAGAUUGACUGCUGCAAUGCUAAGGGUGUUUGUAUUCAGUGCAUUACGAUUAAAAACAAAACAGAAGCAAUAAAGUCACAUUCAAGGUACUAUUGGAAAAAAUAGGUCAAUUUAUAGAAAACUGACUUUUUGGGCAAACAUGCCUUCAGCUCAGAUGCCUUAUUUUGAGUGCAGGGGUCAUGGCUGGCAAAGAUAAUCUUAUGGGAAAUAUUUUUUGUUUGCAUUAUUUCCAUGAUAGUUGGGAAUCUGCAAAUCCAACAGUAUUUGAAGGUAUAUUACCUCCGACUGAUGGAUCCAAGUCAUUCUUCGGUGCUGGCUUUUUCACUAAUAUGUAUUUGGGAUAUAAAUAAGCUACAUUUCAUGUGUAAAGGUAAAUACACUAAACCCUCAUGUUGAAGAAGUCAUCCUUUUUAGAAUAUUGCUUAGUUAUUUGCUCCAUCAAAAAUUUACCAUUGAAGACUUAAAAUAUUGCAGAUGCAACACAAAAAGAUGAAAUGUUAGUACUCUGCUUUGACUCAGCGAAGAUCAACAUCAGGAUCAAGAACAGCCUCUGUUGAUUAUAACCCAUUACUGAAGCUGGUGCUAUACCCUGAAUGGCAAUAGAGAAAAUUAUCACAUGCAUAUUUAGAACUGGAAAAAACAUACUUCUCACCGUAUAUUUUGCAAGCAGUAUGCACAUAGUAUUUGAAAAGAUGACUACCACAAUGAUGGCCUCAUUAUGCACUUUUUACAAAAGGCAUUAUUCAAUGCAAAAAUAUACAAUAUAGUGCAAUGUUAUUUUCCAUUAGCUUCUUGGGAUUAAAAAAUGGCAGCCAACAUUUAUUGUUUGUUUUGGCAUUCAUCUUGAACAGCUGAUAAACUGCAUGCAGUCCAACUAGAUUUUGAAGACUGAUUUGUUCUUUGUAUUACAAUAUAAUGUUGCAUCAUAUAUCACAUUGAUCAAUAUUCUCCAGUCUACAUUUUUGGAUCAACACUAAAAUAAUUGUAAAUGAAAAUCUGCUUCAAGCAAAGAAUCUUUAUCUUUACCUAUGUAAAGGAAUCAUGUUAGUGAUAACCCUAGAGAAUUAAUUUCUGUUCAUUGCUAGGCAAUAAUGAAAAUGUGGUAAUAAUGAAAAUGUGGUGAGAAAUAUCAUGCAGAUAUAAAUGAACCUGACAAAAAGUUCCGCCGAUUCGGGGUUGUAGCAAUUUAUGUUAAUGCCAUUUGCCGUUAAAUUCUAACUCCUAAAUGUGCAGGCAUUGAAACAAAAUCAGCUAAAUGGUUGCAGUUGAAAUUUUAUAUUCAAAUCUUUUCUUAUAGAAUUGAGUACACUUAAUUGUCUAUUUUUAACACGUGCACUAAACUAUGCUGGAAAUGUUUUUCUAUUGAUAGUUUCCAGUGAAUAAGGAAAUUGAUUAUGUCUUGGAGGAGGUGGUUGUAAAAUAUGUAGAGAAGCAAAAUGUAAAUUCCUGAUGAUUUAUUCAUUACGUCAGCAACAUAUGAUUUAUCCAUUCAGUUACUGUUGUGCCUGUAAUAAAAUAAUAUACAACUACUGUUUUAAGUAGGGAAUUGUACAUUUGAAAAUAUUUUUUACAGUUUCUACGACUUGGUUUAUUAUUUUUCAAUUUAAACAUUCUUGUAAGUAGAUUAAAUUAUGAACAGGUAGUCUUUUUUUAAAAAAUGUAGAUGGAUUACAAGGAGAUGGAAAUUGCUAGCAAGAAAAUAAUUGCUGAUCACAAUAAAUUGCUCUACUGUCCAUUCUGGAAGUUUUGUUCUUCAUUGGUACUUUGGAAUACAGUUGUCAUGCUCCGAUCAUUUUCUGGGAUUUUCCAUCACAGCAUUAUUUUCCCUCUUAUGAUUUAAGAGUAAGCCUAUAAAGAAUUAUUUAUUUCUUUAUCACAAAAAGGCACUGACAACUUAGGGAGGAAAGCCUUAUAUAGUAUCAAUGUUUUCUUAUAUUUGUAAAUUGAUAUUUGAAAAGGUUUCCACACAAGAUUAAAUACACUUUUGAAAUUAUAACUUUUGCACUUUUCUCUUAAUUAUUUGUAUUGGGGGUAUUUAAAAUUUAAUUAUUUCUGGAUUAGCAAGUUCUAUAUGUUGUGCUUCCUUGUUGAACAUUUGUACAUUAUUCUACUUUUGUGCUUGUUAAUACAAAGCUCGAGCUGAGCCAUAAUUGAACUGCAGUCAUUCGGGUGUAUACGGCCUCAAAUUUAAUUGUGAUACAGUUCUGAAAACAUGAUUUGAAAAAAAAAUAAGGGUUUCUUUUGUAUUUUGCCUGAAUUUAUUGAUUAAAAGUCACUGUUGUCUCUA